CGUUGGGGUUGCCAGGAGAAGGGCCGGGCUCACAAAGCCGGGUCCCGCACGGGCUCCUGACCCUCUUCGCAGGUGCCGCCUGGCCCGCCCAGGUUCCGCGGCUCCUCCCCUGCCUUGGAUCUGAGGCCAGGCGCGCGGUGUGGCCUGAAGCCGGCAGCCCUUUCGCGAGCGAGCGCCGAAGGUCAACCAAGCAAUGCCUCAGACAGACAAGCAAAUAUGCAUCCCGCCAGAGCUGCCGGAGUUGCUCAAGCAGUUCACCAAAGAUGCCAUUCGGACCCAACCGCAGGAUCUGAUCCAGUGGGGUGCGGAUUAUUUUGGGGCUAUGUCCCGUGGAGAGAUUCCGCCGGUGAGAGAGCGGUCCGAGCGAGUGGCCUUAUCUAACUGGGCAGAGCUAACACCGGAGCUGUUAAAGAUCCUGCAUUCCCGGGUCGGUGGCAGACUGAUCAUUCACGCAGAAGAGUUGGCCCAGAUGUGGAAGGUGCUGAAUCUCCCAACAGAUCUGUUUAACAGUGUGAUGAACGUGGGGCGCUUCGCGGAGGAGAUCGAGUGGCUCAAGUUUUUAGCCCUCGCUUGCAGCUCUCUUGGAGUUACCAUUGCCAAAACUCUCAAGAUAGUGUGUGAAGUUUUAUCAUCUGACCAUGAUGGCGGACCUCCCCGGAUCCCAUUCAGUACCUUCCAGUUUCUCUACACGUAUAUUGCCGAAGUGGAUGGCGAGAUCUCUGCAUCACAUGUCAGCAGAAUGCUAAACUACAUUGAACAGGAAGUAAUUGGUCCUGAUGGUUUAAUCAAGGUGAAUGACUUUACCCAAAACCCCAGGGUUCGGCUGGAGUAAAAGCACAAUUUUAAGAGACAAUACAGAGAUGAUGGUACUUCAGAAGGACUGAACCCCGCACACCAUCCAAAGGCAAUUUUCUUGUACAACUGGUACACUCUAAUAAACAAUUAGGCAAACAUAAGAAAUCAGAAAUGUGUG